AUGAAUAAAGUUCACAAUUCUGGGGAAAAUGUACCCAAAAAGGUCUUUUCUACUGUAGCUGUUGUUAACCAUGUUAUGACUCCAUUGCAAACUGAAAGUAAGAACCCCAUGGCUCUUCCUGUAGAACAGUGUAAAGAAGAUCCUCUCAUUUAUGAUUUUCAGUAUCAUAGAUCACCAAAUGAUGAGUUAGACCCUUAUAGAGAGGCUUUUCCUAUUUUUCAUUUUGGAUGCUCUGACUCUAUAACUCUCCAGUUCGUUUAUGCUCUCAUUUAUAUGGAUGAUCUGAUAGUAGCUGAGAAGGCACUAGUACCAUUUUUCAACGUUUAUGGUGCAGAUGAACCUAUUCCUGAAGCACUCACAGUAUUCACUGGUUCUAGUGGCAACUCUGGAAAAAUUGGAUAUCACAGUAACUUGGGUAGCAGGGUUAUUCAAAUAAAUAUUGAAAAAGCUCAGAUUAAAUGUAAUGAAGAAUUCUUACUGAUAUGUUUAACGGUCUCAGAGAAACUAUCAGAAAUCAUACUUGUCUUGUCUUUAUCACCCAUACUAGAUUUCAUUCUGGUCAUCCUGGGCCAUUUCACAUGGCCACAGGGCAUUCCUGAAAAUGUCGAAAGGGAAGGCCUCUAUUUCAGUGAAGUUUCUAGAAUGGAAGGUUCCAACAGGAAAAAGUGUCUGAAAACUUCUUGGUUUUAUAUUUAUAUUGUUGUGUUUGUUUUAGGUUUGGCUCUUCUGUUGCAGGUGCAACUAGGCUCAGCCUACAAACUGGUCUGCUAUUUCACCAACUGGUCUCAGUAUCGACCAGAACCAGCCAAGUUCUUUCCCAAGGAUGUGGACCCAUGCCUGUGUACACACCUGGUCUAUGCCUUUGCUACCAUGGUGGACAACAAGAUUGCCCCCUAUGAGUGGAAUGACAUCGAUGUCCUGUACCCUCAGUUCCGUAGCCUGAAAGAACGAAACAGAGAUCUGGUCAACCUGCUGGCCAUUGGUGGCUGGAACUUUGGCACUCAGAAAUUCACCACCAUGGUCUCCACAGCUACCAACCGUAGGAUCUUUAUCUGUUCUGUCAUUGAUUUCCUUCGUCAACAUGGAUUCGAUGGCAUUGACCUGGAUAUUGAAUAUCCAGGGUCCCGAGGAAGCCCACCUGAGGACAAGCAGAGAUUUACCAUCUUGAUUAAGGAAAUGCUGGAAGCUUUUGAAAAAGAGGCAAAAGAAACUGGAAACCCCAGAUUGCUCAUCACAGCAGCAGUGUCUGCUGGUAAAGGGACCAUUGAUGCAGGAUAUGAAAUUGCAGAGAUUGGCAAGCUCCUUGAUUUCAUCAGUGUGAUGACCUAUGAUUUCCAUGGAAGCUGGGACACAUGUACAGGGCACAACAGUCCCUUGCAUGUUGGAUCCAAGGAUCAUGGUGAUCUGCGCUAUUUUAACUGUGAAUAUGCCAUGAAGUACUGGAGAGACAAUGGGGUCCCUGCAGAGAAGCUCAUUAUGGGGUUCCCCACCUAUGGGAGAACCUUCCGACUCAGCACCUCUGAUACAUCAGUCUGUGCCCCCAUUUCUGGAGCAGGAUCAUCUGGUCCUUACACACGUGAAGCUGGCUUCUGGGCUUAUUAUGAGGUCUGCACAUUCCUCAGUGGUGCUACAAAUUCCUGGAUUGAAGAUCAAAAAGUGCCAUAUGCCUACAAAAAUGCUGAAUGGGUUGGCUAUGACAACAUUGAGAGCUAUGGACAUAAGGUUGACUUUCUCAAGGAGAACAAGUUUGGUGGGGCUAUGGUUUGGGCCAUUGAUCUGGAUGAUUUUUCAGGAUCCUUCUGCAAUGAGGGCAAAUACCCACUCAUCAGCAAGCUGAAGUCACUGCUGGGUUUAUCCUCAGGUGCGUCAAUCACAGUUUGCUAUGUUCUGAAGAAGAUAUGGCUCAAGGCUGCCAACACCUGGUAUAACCAACCCAGGACACCCAGAAGUGAAGGGUUCUGUGCCAACAUUGGUGGAGGAGGUGGUGGUGAUGGAGGCAGCAGUGGCGAUGGAGGGAGUGGUGGAGAUGGCAGUAAUGGAGGCAAUGGAGGAGAUGAAGGUUUUUGUUCCGGCAAAGCAGAUGGUACCUACAGUGACCCUGAAGACAACACAAAGUUCUACAAGUGUGUGGGAGGCAAAACCUUCACCUUCCAUUGUGCUCAAGGUCUAGUUUUUGACCAGAACUGCAACUGCUGCAAUUGGCCUUAA